AUGACCACUAUAUCUCAUCAUAAUUUCGGUGAUUCAAAUGGAUGUGACGAUAUCGUUUCCAUUACAAUCAUCAAGCUUUCAGCAUUGCUUUCCGACAUAGAGCUCAACAUCCGUGAAGCACAUGUGUUCUCAACAAUAGAUGGCUAUUCUUUGGAUGUAUUUGUGGUAGAUGGAUGGCCUUUUCAGGAAUCAAUUGCUUUACACGAAGCCAUGGAGAAAGCAAUUUCUAGAAGCGAGGGUUCAUGGUUUGGUUCUUCUUCAGAUUCUAUAUCAGCUGUACAGAAAGCUUUAGCCACUGAAGCCCAUUUUAGAGAUGCAGAAAUAGACCGACCAUCAUUGAAGAUUGGAGAAAAGAUUGCAUCUGGAUCUUGUGGAGAUUUAUUCCAUGGAGAGUACCUUGGUGAGCAUGUUGCUGUCAAGAUUCUUGGAUCUGAACAUUUAAAUGAUGAAACAUUGGGGAAUGAAUUCGCUCAUGAAGUAGCCAUGCUCAGGGAGGUUCAGCAUGCCAAUGCUGUUCGUUUUAUUGGUGCAUGCAUGAAGAAACCUCCUUUGUGCAUAAUAACUGAAUACAUGCCUGGAGGGAGCCUUUAUAAGUACUUACAUAAAAACCAUAACAUCUUGAAGCUUCCACAGUUAGUGAAGUUUGUUAUAGAUGUUUGCAAAGGAAUGGAGAACUUGCAUAGCAACAACAUAAUUCAUAGGGAUCUUAAGACUGCAAAUUUGCUCAUGGACACUCAAAAUGUUGUGAAGGUGGCAGAUUUUGGGGUUGCCCGGUUUCUGAGUCAAGGGGGAGUUAUGAUAGCAGAGACUGGAACAUACAAUUGUCGUGGUUUGCAGGUUAUAAAUCAUCAACAAUAUGAUGAAAAGGCGAAUGUUUUCAGUUUUGCGAUUGUUUUAUGGGUGCUUGUGACAGCCAAGGUUCCUUAUGAGAAGAUGAAACCAUUGCAAGCAGCCUUGGGAGUAAGACAGAAGAGGAUGUUGAGACGCUCUUCUCACAUCGUUCAUCUCCAAAAGAUGGGGAUAGGAGUGAUAGAAAGGGGUACCCGUGAAACAAGAGACAGAGAUAGGAUAAAGAUAGGAGGAGGGAGGACAGAAAUGGAAAGGGUAGAGAUAAAGAUAGAGAAAGAGAAAGAGAAAGAGACACAUAUGGUGACAGGGAUAGGGAGAGGGACAGAGUGA